AUGGAUGAUCAGGAUAAAGGAGGGAGUGGAGAUGGAGGGAUAAGCAACAAAAAACAAAAAGAGAUGGACCCUGGUGAAAGCAACAAGCGCAGCAAAGAGCAGCGCAACCAGGCAGAGAAAGGAGAGAAAGAGAGGGAGAGCAGGGAGAAGGAGAAGGGCGAGGGCAAACGGGAGAGCCGGCGUUCAGGGUCGCUGUGGCGUGGCGGCUGGGCGCUAAGCGAGCGUCUGGCUAUUAACGUAUCAGGCAUGCGUUAUGAAACACAGCUACGCACUCUAGCCCAGUUUCCCGACUCACUGCUGGGCGAUCCACGACGACGCCUACGCUACUUUGACCCACUCCGCAAUGAGCUCUUCCUGGACCGGAACCGAAUUUGCUUUGAUGCUAUCCUCUACUUCUACCAGUCUGGAGGCCGACUGCGGCGGCCUGCCAAUGUACCGCUGGACGUCUUCAUGGACGAGCUGCGUUUCUACGAGCUGGGUGAGGACAUCAUGAAUCGCUUUAAGGAGGAUGAGGGGUUCCCCAAAGAGGAGCCACGGCCGCUGCCUGACAAUGAACUACAGCGCAAAUUGUGGAUGCUGUUUGAGCACCCAGAAUCAUCCAGUGGAGCCCGUAUCAUUGCCAUUAUCAGUGUGAUGGUGAUUGUUGUGUCCAUCCUCAUCUUCUGCCUGGAAACGCUGCCUGAAUUCAGGAACGAGAAAGAGCAAAGAGAGCAAUACACGUACCAGCCCCACCCUCACGUCCCCAACGCCACCAUCCUAGUCCCUCCACUCUCCUCCCCCUUCCAUGAUCCUUUCUUCCUGGUUGAGACUAUGUGUAUCUGCUGGUUCUCCUUUGAGUUGCUCAUGCGCUUUGCCUGCUCUCCCAGCAAAAUGCACUUCUUUAAGGACGUCAUGAACAUCAUUGACUUCUUUGCCAUCAUUCCCUACUUUGUUACUCUCGGCACAGAGUUGGCAAAGUCCAAGGGGGCCACGCCAACCAUGUCCCUGGCCAUCAUCCGCGUCAUCCGCCUGGUGCGUGUCUUCCGUAUCUUCAAACUCUCUCGCCACUCCAAAGGCCUUCAGAUCCUGGGACAGACGCUCAAGGCCAGUCUACGAGAACUAGCCCUUCUUAUUUUCUUCCUCUUCAUAGGUGUCAUUCUCUUCUCCAGUGCCGUGUACUUUGCUGAGGUGGACAAUCAGGAAACAACCUUCACUAGCAUCCCUGAAGCCUUCUGGUGGGCGGUUGUAUCCAUGACUACAGUUGGCUAUGGCGACAUGUACCCAGUAACAGUGGGUGGGAAGCUGGUGGGCUCUAUGUGUGCUAUUGCUGGCGUUCUCACUAUCUCGCUGCCCGUGCCUGUCAUUGUGUCCAACUUCAGCUACUUCUACCACCGAGAGAUGGAAUGUGAGGACAGCCAGGAGUACACACAUGUCAACACCUCCCUCUGGGAAGAGGAGGAUGGGGAAGGGGAAGAGGAACCAGAGGAAGGUCUGGAGGACCAGAGCAACUACCUGCCCCUGGAUGGAGGAGUGGGCUACCAGGGCAUCUGUGCUCCGCUGAAUGGGGCACUGCUGGCAGGGCUGUGCACAGGGCAGACAGGAGAAGUGAGAAGUGGAAACGUAUAUCUCAGAGAACCACUGGUCACUCAGGUCUGA